AUGGGUCUGCUGGACAAGCUGUCGGCGUGGGUGUCGGGCGGCGCGCCCGCUACCGUGCUCGUGCUGGGGCUCGACGGCAGCGGCAAGACGUCGCUGCUGGCGGCGCUGCGCGCGCCCGCCGGGCCCGCUGUGCCCGCUGCGGCCGCUGGGCCCGCUGGCGCCGCUGAGCCCGCUGCGCCCACUGUGGGACACACGCAGGAGCACUUUCAAUGUAUAUUUCUCUCUUAU